CUUUCAUGAAAGGCUGGACUACGCCGAGUGAUGACGUCUCCUCAUUGGGCGGAAGGUUCGGUGGCAAGUCGUCGGUCUUCCAGCUGGUGGGAGUUGGCUUCGCGGGCUGGGCGCUGGGACCCUAGUGUAUGUAGUUCGCGAGGUCGGGUGGUGGGAGCGUAGCUGUCUGGUCUGCUCCCCGUUUUCCCGGGUUUCCUCCUCCGGUGUGGGGCCUCGUCAAGGACUCCCCGGCCCUUUUAGGGCCACGGCGUUAGUGGUGCUUCUGCGAGUUCCUUCUAAGUAUACCAUAAAGCCUUCAAGAUGGUUCUAGCAGACCUUGGAAGAAAAAUAACAUCAGCAUUGCGCUCAUUGAGCAAUGCCACCAUCAUCAAUGAAGAGGUACUAAAUGCUAUGCUAAAAGAAGUAUGCACAGCAUUACUUGAAGCAGAUGUAAAUAUUAAACUAGUGAAGCAACUACGAGAAAACGUAAAAUCUGCUAUUGAUCUUGAAGAGAUGGCAUCUGGUCUUAAUAAAAGAAAAAUGAUUCAGCAUGCUGUAUUUAAAGAACUUGUGAAGCUUGUAGAUCCUGGAGUCAAAGCAUGGACACCCACGAAAGGAAAACAGAAUGUAAUUAUGUUUGUUGGAUUGCAAGGAAGUGGUAAAACAACCACAUGUUCAAAGUUAGCGUACUUUUACCAGAGGAAAGGUUGGAAGACCUGUUUGAUAUGUGCAGACACAUUCAGAGCAGGUGCUUUUGACCAACUGAAACAGAAUGCUACCAAAGCACGAAUUCCAUUCUAUGGAAGCUACACAGAAAUGGAUCCUGUUAUCAUUGCUUCUGAAGGAGUGGAUAAAUUCAAAAAUGAAAAUUUUGAAAUUAUUAUUGUUGAUACAAGUGGUCGCCACAAACAAGAAGAUUCUUUGUUUGAAGAAAUGCUUCAAGUUGCUAAUGCUAUACAACCUGAUAAUAUCGUUUAUGUGAUGGAUGCUUCCAUUGGACAGGCUUGUGAAGCCCAGGCUAAGGCAUUUAAAGAUAAAGUUGAUGUUGCCUCAGUAAUAGUGACUAAGCUUGAUGGUCAUGCAAAAGGAGGUGGUGCACUCAGUGCAGUUGCUGCCACAAAAAGUCCAAUUAUUUUCAUUGGUACAGGGGAACAUAUAGAUGACUUUGAACCUUUUAAAACACAGCCUUUCAUCAGCAAACUUCUUGGUAUGGGUGACAUUGAAGGACUGAUAGAUAAAGUCAACGAGUUGAAGUUGGAUGAUAAUGAAGCACUUAUAGAGAAAUUGAAACAUGGUCAGUUUACGUUGCGAGACAUGUAUGAACAAUUUCAAAAUAUCAUGAAAAUGGGCCCCUUCAGUCAGAUCUUGGGCAUGAUACCUGGUUUUGGAACAGACUUUAUGAGCAAAGGAAAUGAGCAGGAGUCAAUGGCAAGGCUAAAGAAAUUGAUGACUAUAAUGGAUAGCAUGAAUGACCAAGAAUUGGACAGUACAGAUGGUGCCAAGGUUUUUAGUAAGCAACCGGGAAGAAUCCAGAGAGUAGCAAGAGGAUCAGGUGUGUCAACGAGAGAUGUUCAAGAACUUUUGACACAGUAUACUAAGUUUGCACAGAUGGUGAAAAAAAUGGGAGGUAUCAAAGGACUUUUCAAAGGUGGUGAUAUGUCUAAGAAUGUGAGUCAAUCACAGAUGGCAAAAUUGAAUCAACAAAUGGCCAAAAUGAUGGAUCCUAGAGUUCUUCAUCACAUGGUAUGUGACUUUCUUGGAGAGAAGAUUGCAUCUGCUUUGGGGAUCAGCACCCCAAAAUACCAGUAUGCCAUUGAUGAGUAUUAUCGGAUGAAGAAGGAGGAAGAAGAGGAAGAAGAAGAAAAUAGGAUGUCUGAAGAAGCAGAGAGACAAUACCAACAAAAUAAGCUGCAGGCUGAUUCCAUUGUUCAGACCGAUCAACCAGAAACAAUGGUAUCUAGUUCAUUUGUGAAUCUUAAUUUCGAAAUGGAGGAAGACUGUGAAGUAAUUACAGAAAGCACACCAAAUGCAGUCCCUGUCCCGCCAUAGAAUGAAAUGACUAUCUUAACUUCAAGCCCUAAAAUGGUUUUAUAUAUCAGGAACUUUUCACAUUCUCUGUUUAGUGGAAUAACUUAAAACAAUUACUUGUAUUUCAAAUUAUUUGGAAAGGAAAAAUGUUCCUUCAUUUCUAGGCUCUAUCUAGCAAAAGUCAGACCUGAACUUUGGAUAUUUGAACUGUGCUUUUACUUUGUGUCCAAUUACCAAUUAUUGCUUUUCCUUUUCUUUUUUUUUCCUUUUUGCACUGUUGGGGAUGAAACCCAGGGUUUCAUGCAUGCUAGCUAGGCAAGUAUUCUGUAGCCUACUGCUGAGAGUUUAAAGUUAAUGACAUUCUAGAGUUCUAAUCAAUUAAGAGUUAAUUAAGUUUAUUAUUUUCUUGUUUUUUUUUUUUAUAAAAGGUAAGUUAUUGACUGAAGCUAAUUGGAGCCGAUAAUCCUACAGUCUCAGAUUAAAAUGAGAAAUUUCCCUCCUAGAUUUUCUGAUAUUAUGCCUGUGCUUUAUGCUUUGCAUUUAAUAGAUCUAACCAUUAAUUUCAUACUAAAGAUGGCUGAGUAUGUAAUAAAAGAAGCAAGAUGGAA